GAUAGAAAUUUAGAGAAUGGUCAGUCCUCUUUAAAGGACUAAAUACAGUAGAAUUCACACACAGUUCAAUUAUUAAUGAGAGUGACAUUGACAUUCAGUGAUUGACUUCCUUAUUAGCAGGACUCACAACUGCACCUGACUUUUAUCCCAAUCCCAUACCCCCCAGAGCUGUGUGAGGCAUGUUUUAUUACAGAUGUGCAUACUUUAUAGUGAUGGGAAGUUUGGUUCUUUUCCGCGAACCGGUUCUUUCGGUGAACAGUUCAUUCAAUGAACAGUUCACCGGUUCUUUCACGCUCGAUGUAAUGACAUCAUUGGUGAUGACGUAAUAGUGUCAAGUCUAUCAAACAUUCAAAUAUAUAAAGACAGUAAGCAUAACUUUAGUCAGUUAAAAACCUCAUAAUCAUGAAAAGCUUACAAUUAAGUUUUUAGGUGUCAUCAGCGCAGAAACCAUGAUCCACUUACUAUACAUAAUCCAUUGCGAUGUAUAUGUUACUAAAUGAACUUACGUUUCGCCAGAUUGCCCUUCAUCCAAGCCUUCGUUUACCCGCGCUCAUAACAUUAGCACAGAAUCAGUUCAGAAUCAAUCAUCAAAAGAAUCAGUUAAGUUCAGACGCUCUGUGAGUCAGUCUGCUUCACACUGAAUCACACAUGCACAGUAUCAUCAGCUCCUCGGUUCUCGAAUCGGACGCGUCUGACAGAAACUGUUCUCUGUUCAGUGUACUGGUGAUCAGAAAACCAAUGCAACCGGUUCUUGACUCGUGAACGAGUCAAUGUUUCUUUCAUUAUCUGACUUGGCUCUGUGUUCAUCUUCAGUUCUCUCUUCACAGCAGUUCAGUCAGUGUACUGUUUGAGUAAAUGAAUUACUCCGGGAUAUUGGUUUGUUUUAUCUCAGAGGGUGUGUCAGCCACAUUAAAAAAGUGAACAGCUUAAGUCAUUUGUGGAUUAAUGCGUAUUGGAGACGAGAACCAUUUCAAACGAUUCAGUUCGAUUUGGUGAACUGGUUCAACAGGUUAACUAAGAAGAACUGGUUAAAUCGAAUAAUCCAUUCACAAAACGGACAUCACUAGUACUUUAUUUCACAUCUUCUGAACUGUUGACAGCCAACACCUGCUUACCCCCAGUGAAAGGCUUAAAGGGGCCACAACAAUUUGUAAUAUAACUCUGAUGGGAUUUAUCUGAAAGAGGAAAGUCAAACACAUCUAGGGUGGCUUGAGGACAUGAAUACUUUGGAGCGAAAGUUGGACAAACGUUCGAAGAAAGAUUCCGAAGACAACGCCAUUGUGGGAAAGAGAAUCCGUGUUGCCAAACGUCUGUGGGAGGAUGAGGAUGAGGAUGACCCCCCUACUGCCGUGGCCACAGUCAGUGGAACCAAAGCUGCCAUUCACAAUCAAGGGGCUGAAAUCCUAGAUUCCAUUUCCUUGGAAGAACAAGCAGAAAAUAGUGACAACGAGCUCUCACUUGUGCGUCAAGAAUUGCUAGAAAUAAAAAAAUUCAUCUUUACAGAGAUACCUCAGAUAAAAGAAAUGCUCAACAGAAGCUCCAUGCACCUCGGCAGUCCAGGGUCUCUCCCCAGCCCUUCAAACCCUGUUCAAAUAGAAGAAAUUGUCCCAGGUUCAGGUGUUUACGUAUCACGAAGUGUGUGGCGCUCUGCUUGCCAGGCAUCUAGUGGGACUUCAAUGGCAAGGAUUUUGCUGCUUGGGGUGUUUGACAUUGAAACACUCAUCAAAAGUAAUUUGAGAGGAGGGGAAUCCAAGGUUUCAAAGGGGGGAGAUGGGGAGAAAAGAAGCGCCCUGGAUGAAAUAAAAGUGAAAGCUAUAAUGGAUGCUGUUAUGUCAAGACACUCAGUUUCGACUGGCCAGAUCGGAGCAGCCCUGAAUGGGAAGAUGGCAGAACUAAGACUGGCAAUGUCCAGGAAAAAUAAUUUAAAAACAAAAUGCAUUAAAGUUUCUAUUUGAAAAGACCUGGAAUUGUGUGUUCUGUGGCAUGAGUAUAAAUAUAUAUG